CGGAUGCACAAGGCCAUUGGCGUGGCGUCUUUGGGCUGCCAUGGAAGCAAACCAACCCGUGCCCCUCUCGUCAGCGUUUUCACUGUCUUCAAUCCCCUUGCACAUCUAGGGUCGGAUAUUCUCAAUGCCCCCAUAAGCAUGGCCGACGAUCGCGCAUCGAUUUGGAAACUCUUUCGCAGGCCUUCCGAAGGAUGCGGCGCGCUUCCUGUCCUACUCCGGCCAAAACAAGGUUGACAUAGGGCCCAAAGCAUAGCGGGUUGUUCACGCACGGCUCUGAUCAUUGCUGAACAAGACGGGCACGCUUCCGGUCAUCGAUGCAUGCUACGAUUAAGAGAUGACCAUCCGCGCCUCACAACCUCGUCGUCAUUCUAGAGUCCGGUGAACCGAAAAGUCCGGUGAACCGAAAGUGCGCGUAUAAUCUCAUGGCGGGUUGGUCGGUUAUCGAGAAUCAGCCCUCUUGGAAAAAGGGCUCUGAUAUUCCACUGUCUGGGCGCUUCCCACGACUGUGCUCGUCUUAUGUCUCUGACGUCGCCGAUACGCACACGCAAUGUCGACGAUACUUCUGCGCAACGGCCUGCUGACGACGUUCGUCAACUCCGACGGGCCUCUCGCAACGCCGACUCCGCGCCGUGCGGACGUCCUGAUCAAGGGAGACACCAUCGCCGCUGUGGAAGCUCCCGGAAGUAUCAAGGUCGAGGACGGCGACGGCACGCUCGUCAUCGACUGUCAAGACAAAUGGAUUGCGCCUGGCUUCGUGGAUACCCAUCGCCACCUUUGGAUGUCUGUUGUUGACAACCAGGAAGAUUGGACUUUGGUUGAGUAUCUUGCCAAGUUAACCUGGACUACCACAGCCCUCGUUACUGCUGAGGACGUGUACGCUGGGCAGCUCGCCGGAAGCUUGCAAGCUAUUCACGGUGGUACCACUACUGUAUUGGACCACUUCCACUCGGCCAACUCACCAGCUCAUGUCGAGUCAGCCGUCCAGGCUUCAGCAGAGUCUGGUCUUCGGAUCUUGCUGUGCGUUUCUCGGCAGUCCACACAAACCAACAUUGAUCCUCUCGAGUUCGCGGACGACGCCGCUGUCGCCGAAUGGCAGGUCUCUUUGAUUGAGCAGCUUGCCGACAAGGACAAUGGCAACCUCACUCCCGAUAAGCGAGUCACCCUCGGCCUCGCUUACGACGUACAAGGCUACGACCCUGACGCGGACUCGCGCAUUUUUGCUCUUGCACGCGCGAAGAACAUCAAGCCUAUCACCGCCCAUUACCCUGGCGGCCCGCACACGCCGCGCCACGACAAGGUCGUGAAGAGGUGGAAUGAAGCUGGCCUACUGAGUGACGACAUUGUCAUGAGUCAUUGCACGGGUUUGAAGCACCUCGGUGGCAGCGACGAGGAACUCGAGUGGACCCUCAUGAAGGAGAAAGGCGUUGGUGUCUCGGUUACUCCGGAAGAUGAGCUCGGCAUGGGUCACGGUGACCCGGUGGCGUACGAGGCGAUUCGCAGAGGUGUUAAAGUUGGCUUGGGCAUUGACUGCGCAUCUAUCCUGAGCACGGAAAUGUUCCCUGCCAUGCACUUCGCCCUUCAGUGGGAACGAGGUCAAAUGCACGCUAAAACCGCGUACAACACGCCGACGCCCAAAGCGAACAAGCACAACACCUAUUCCUGUGCUUCCGCGUUCCGCCUCGCCACCCUUGGCGGCGCCGAGUGCGUGAACAUGGCGGACCGUAUUGGAACGAUUGAGCCGGGGAAGCUAGCGGAUAUUGUUCUCUAUGACGCGCUUUCGCCCAAUCUCGCGGGAUGCUCGGACCCUUUCCGCGGCAUCGCCAUUCACGCCACCGGCCAGGAUGUCGAGUGGGUCAUUGUGAACGGCAAGGUUGUGAAGAAGGCAGGACGCUUAGCUCCAGUGACGACCGCUUCCGGGAUUGAAGACUGGUUGGCAGUGGCGAAGAGGCUGAGGGAGCGCCAGGAGGUGCUGCGCGGGAAGCUGUCCCAGUAUGAUCUGGAGGAUCGCUAUUCUCGUGUUGUUAAGUCCCUUGGUACCACGUUUGCGUAGGCAUAUCUCGAUAUGACGCUGCCAUAUGUUCUGGUUCGCAUAGACGCACUGUAUACCACGUUAUAACCUUAUCGACAGGAUGGAAACC